AUGUCGACCACCUUCGACCUUGGCUUCGCCACUCUCAACCUCGACCUUGCGUCUACUCUUGCCAUCCCCUCAACCCUUCCCUCCUCUGUUAUUCUUCCUCCCUUCGACUUUGGUCCCAUCGUCGCUCCCAACAUGCCCGCCACCCCAGCUCCUGUCGAGACGGCCAUCAAGGCCCCUAUCGUUGACACCACCCUUAUGGACUUCCUUCCUGCCAUGACUGGCCCUGUUGACGUCAAGGUCAUCAAGGUCCAGCGCCGCCUCCAGACUUCCGCCACCGAGGUCAAGUCGGCCCCCUCCCAGUCCAUCCUCCUCAAGGACAACGGCCGCCGCAUUGCCCCCAAGAUCCGUCGCGUGCCUCCCCCUUCUUUCCCCGUCACAUUUGACAUCAACACCGUCCCCCGCCGCAAGGACUCUCCCAUUCCCUUCAGCCGCCCCCUCACUCCCUUUGUCGCCACCAGCACGGCCCCCCGCUUCACCAACGAUGACAAGCUCGAGAACAUUGAGGAGGUGAUGUGCCAAUUGGACCUCUCCGAGGGCCCCGCCCUCACCUCGGACUCGGACUCGGCCACGGACGAUGAGCCCGCCCCCGCCACGCCUCGCCACUCCUACAUUCUGCCUGCGUCGCUCACCUUCCCGGUCGCCCACAUCCGCCGCGCGCCGUCUGUCAACGUCAAGGCCAUCCACCUCCCCGAGUACCUCCCUGCCUCGUUUGUCGUCAACAAGUACACCGCUGCCAGCGGACGCACUCCCAACCCCACAACCAACUCCAAGGAGCACAAGACCGCCGAGGGUGUGCCCGCUCGCCCCAACCUUGUCCGCCGCCCUGCUUGCCGCGACCUCCGCCGUGCCCGCCGCAACGCCAUCCUCGCUCAGUAG